AUGAGCGUGAAGGACAUGGUGAUAGUUGUGGCUGUGAUAUUCUGUGCUACAAUUGCUCAAGGUAGAUGGUUUCCCAUGUUUCGAGGGGGACGUUGUCUUUGCAUAGGCCCUGGAGCAAAAGCAGUGAAGGUGGCAGAUAUUGAGAAAGCCUCCAUAAUUUACCCAAGUAACAACUGUGACAAAACAGAAGUGAUUGUCACUCUAAAAGAACAUAAAGGACAACGAUGCCUAAAUCCCAGAUCAAAGCAAGCGAAACUCAUAAUCAAGAAACUUGAAAGAAAGAAUUUUUUAAAAUACCAAAAUGUAUGA